CCACUUUUCCCGGAGGGUGUGAGCGGCCCACGGUCGGACGUCGGGCACCCAGAGGGCUCCAGCACAGCAAAGGUGAAGCUGCCCUGCCAGACCCUCCUUCCACAGCCAGAGCAAGGGCCAUCAGCAGCUGAGCUGAAGUUGGAGGCACUGACCCAGCGCCUGGAGCAGGAGAUGGAUGCUCGGCCAAAGGCUGAUUACUUCGGCACCUGCGUGAAAUGCAGCAAGGGGGUGUAUGGAGCAAACCAGGCUUGCCAGGCCAUGGGCAACCUCUACCACGAUGGCUGCUUCACCUGCGGAGCCUGCAGUCGAAAGCUGAGAGGAAAAGCCUUUUAUUUUGUCAAUGGCAAGGUGUUCUGUGAAGAAGAUUUCCUGUAUUCUGGUUUCCAGCAGUCAGCUGACAGAUGUUUCAUUUGUGGUCAUUUGAUAAUGGACAUGAUCCUGCAGGCUCUAGGGAAAUCAUAUCAUCCAGGCUGCUUCCGAUGCGUGGUCUGCAACGAGUGUCUGGAUGGUGUGCCAUUCACUGUAGACUCUGAAAACAAAAUCUACUGUGUCAGAGAUUACCACAAAGUUUUAGCUCCAAAGUGUGCAGCUUGUGGACUUCCCAUUCUGCCUUCUGAGGGGUCUGAUGAGACCAUUCGGGUUGUGUCCAUGGACAAGGAUUAUCACGUGGAAUGCUAUCACUGUGAGGACUGUGGGAUGGAACUGAAUGACGAAGAUGGGCAUCGCUGUUACCCACUAGAUGAACAUUUGCUUUGUCACUCCUGUCAUCUGAAACACAUAGAGAACGGCACAACUCCAGCAUACCAGCACCACUACUAGCCAGCGUGGCCGACAUUGGAAAGCCAGGACAGAAGACUUGUUACAUGAUCUCCCUCUCCCCACCCUCAGCUGGUUUCCUGUGCAUGUUUUUCGCCAGUCGGCAAUGUUCCUGUAAGAGGAUAUGAGAGAUUUUUGCUGGAUUCCCAGAGUUUGUGUGCUUGUGAGUUCCAGCUGUAUCAAUCCAUGUCUACUUGAGCAAGAAUGUGGCAUGUUAUCUAAACUGAUUGGUUUACUUUUAUGUGCCUUUUUCUGCUGUCUGGAGAUUCCUCUUGGCUCAUUUUGGAAGAUUCUUCAGUGAAAGCACAAUUUGCUGUCGUGCCUAUGAACUCAGAUCGUGCCACGCACAAUUAAAAAGCCAGAGGCUGGCUUGCCUGCCUGCCUGCCUGCCAGGGACGUCCCGUUGGCCUACUAAGUGUUUCCUGACAAGCACAUUACAUCAGAUUCCCUGAAGGACAUCAACCUGUUAAUAGCCGUUUUUAGACACUCUCUCUUUUUAUUA